GCGCAGCAGCCAAAGCCAGCGGGGACAGGCUUGCAGCACAUCAGGCAUCUCGACAGGGACUCGAGGCUGCAGAACUGCUCCGAAACGCGGCGGCGGUGCGGGAGGACGCGGAGGACUCCCAGCUUUGGCCCUCAGUACACUCCCAGUGUACUAAGCAUCUCAGCGGUGCCCGGCAGGGACCUCGAGCUGCGGCCGCACUCACCAGGCACCUCUCAACGCCGCUGCAGCCCAGGGGCGCCCCGGAGCCCGGAGCUCCCCGGAGCUGGGGUCCGAACUGAGAGGGCGGCCGUAAACCCGGGUAGCUUGAUUCGGGACCGCGGGUGGCGACGGCGAGAAACAGGGAAAGCCCGGGGAUCACGGAAGCCGAGCCGUCCAGCUCCGAGCCUUGGGGUCUGCCGCCUGGCGAAGAGGGCAGCGAAGCGCGGUGGCCCGGGAACUCCGCAGCCCCGUUGGCCCCGCGGGCACUGGCUCGCGGUCAGCAGCGCGCAGCGGGGCGCGCCAUGGAGGCGCCGGGCGGCGCCGGGCAGCGUGAGGCGAAGUGAGGUGGCUGGGCCGGGGUCGGCGGGCCCGCGGGCCAUGUACGGCGACGUGUUCAACGCCACGGGCGGCCCGGAGGCGGCGGUAGGCGGCGCGCUGGCCUUGGCAGCCACGGUCAAGGCAGAGGGCGCUUUGCCGCUGGAGCUGGCUACCGCGCGCGGGAUGCGGGACGGCGCGGCCGCCAAGCCCGACCUGCCCACCUACCUGCUGCUUUUCUUCCUUCUGCUGCUCUCCGUGGCGCUCGUCAUCCUCUUCAUUGGCUGCCAGCUGCGCCACUCGGCCUUCGCCGCGCUGCCCCACGACCGCUCGUUGCGGGACGCCCGCGCACCCUGGAAGAUGCGGCCGGUGUAGUGGAGGAGCGAGCCAGGGUGGCGGGCGCCGCGUCUCGAUCUCGCUACCAGCAAGCCGGUAUGAGAGUGUCAGGGCGCGCCUGACGCCCCUGGAGGACAUAGCGCUCUGACCGAUCACCCUUCCCGACCUCGAGCGGCACCCUGGGCAUAAAGGGAAUCCGAGGUUAGAAGACUGCGGAGGGUCCCGAGCCUCGUGGCAGCCGCGAACCAAGGUUCUACUCCACUGGCUGAGCCUCUCUUUUCCGGGCAGCGGGUCUAGCCCGGGUGCCUUCCUGCAAGACUGCGCGCCCGCCGGGACGCGGGAGCCUUCCUCGCCGCUUGCUGAUUUACCUACUUUGCGCAUCCAACGGGCAGGCGAGGCGAGCGCGCAACCAGACAGGAGCUGCCCGUCCGGAGCCCCAGCCCUAUGGCUGUUUUCCCGCAGAUGCUACUGCCUCUCCCACUCUUCGGCACCGAGGGUCCCACUAGGAUCGGAGCGUGAACUCAGCCAGACUUGGGAAUAAUGGCCUUUGGGGGCUGCGUCCCCCCUGGGAAGUGAGGGGAUGUGGAGAUUCAGUGCGUUCCAACCGGGUUCAAGGACCUUUUCUUUGCCCACGUGCGCGAAGGGGAAGCUGGUCUAGAGAGGCAGGGUCCCACCUGCAGCACCCUGUGCUGGGGGAUCCGCGUCCCACAUAUUCUGGGGCCGCAUUUCUACAA